GAUCCCCUCCGCGCUCGCCGCCCGGCGGAGGGGCGGCGGCGCGGGCCGCGUCCGCCCUGGCGCUGGAGGCUUCCCGCGGGCCGUGUCCGACCUGCGCGCGGUGCAGGGCCUCAGCGGCGGCGGCGCCAGCCUCGGGGCCGCGCUCCCAGGCGCCCCCGAGGGGCUCUGGCAGGAGGGCCUGGCGGCCCAGGCGCCGCGGGCGCGGCGGGAGGCGCUGGACGACCAGAAGAUGACGCGCGCGAUCCAGGAGAUCUUGGCUGUGCUGCCGGCCGAGUGGAGGGGCACGACAUUCAACAACUCCAACCUGCGCGGGCGCGAGGGAUUCACGAGAGACUUGGAGGAGCUGAUCCUCCGCAAGUUUCGGGCCGGGGAGCGGAUCUCCAGGGAAGACCUGGACGACGUCGGCUACGCGGAGGACUACCAGCGCGUGGCCACCAACAUCUCCACGCUCCUCGAGGCCACCCUGGCUGUGCGCAGGGGCUUGGACGUUUCGCAGGUGUUCACCUUCGCCUCCGAGAAGCUUCCAAUAGUUGCCGCCUGCAUGGUCGCGAAGCGCCCGGUGCACCUCUACCUCGGUGACGAGCCUGACCCCUUCACUCGCAGACAGCACGAGCUGCUCGCCCUCCUCGGCCUGGACCUGCGCUGCUACCCCUCGUACCGCGUCCGCACGGCGAGACCGAACGAGGUGGUCUUGACAAUGGAGUCGGCCCACCUCAAGACCACCAUCGUGGAUGGCAUCAUCGGGCCGAACGUCCUCUAUGUUGUCAAUCCGGAGAAGAUCAACACGGAUGACGUCCUGGUCAUUCGCAAGCGCAUUCCUCGCCGAUGA